CAGAAACCAAUAUCAAAAUCAAUUUACAGAAGCAAUAAAUCAUUACCAACAACCCCAAAUCUCAAACUCUUAACACAAUAUCGCCAACUAUUUGCAAGGCCCUCAACCAACCUCAUCCCAACCCACACCACAGGAAGAAAAAAAACUCACACCAAGCAUCCUCCCUGUCACCAGUCUCCUACCACAGCAUCCCAACAUCCAUCCCUCUCCCACUGACUCCACUCUCUUCCACCGCGACGAUGCCUCAGAACCUCCGCUUGUUCCACCCUGGCGUGAGUGGAAUGAAAAACAUGUUCGACAAGAAAGUGGAAGAGCACAAGCAAGCACAGCUGGACAAUCCUUUCAGUGAGUGGGAGGGAGCCGGGAGGACCAGGAGACUGUCCAAAGAAGACAUCGGUUAUGGCAGACCAUUACCAGGAAGUCAGUCGGAAAAACGGAGCCAGGCGGCCCAACAGCACAUCAUGAUGGAGAUCAGGUACCUCUGCGAUAUGAUCUGGGACUGUUCUGAAUGGCGCAGUCCUGAUGGCAAGGCUGCGAUCACCUUCGGAAAGCUUUUCAAACUGUACAUCGGGAUCUCUGACAAGGUGGUGGGGACUCUGCUUAGGGCACGCAAGCACGGCUUCUUGCACUUCGAAGGCGAGAUGCUGUACCAGCGGCGCGACGAGAGCAAGGUGAUCGAGCUGACGCGCCCCUACAACACCAUCCGCGCCCGGUUCGGCCAGAAGCCCGUGCUGACGGGCGGCGGCGAGGUGGAGCCCUGGGCCGACGGGGCUGACGCGCCCCUCCUGGACUCGAUCCCCAGGAGGAAUUCCCUUCCGGCCGCCGCCACGAGGAAGCUCUCCCUGGGCCCCCUGCCCAACCCCAGGAGGAGCUCACUGCCCCACGCCUCCGUCUCGCUCAACAGCUCUCCCGAGAGGGCCACCUUCCGCGACGACGGCAGGGCCAAGAGCGAGGACAGAGAGGUCGCCCCACUUGAGGCCGGCAUCGUCGUCGUCAGCGCCUGCGACGACGAUGCUCCAAGUGCAGAAGAGUCGCAGGAGAGCACCGAAAAGGACGCACAUCUGCUCGACCCCGACAUGCUGCGCGGGAGGCCGAGACGUUCGAGGUCAAGGUCUCCCUCGCCCUCUCUCAUGGACACCAUCCUCGAGGACGCCGCUCCUCCUCCUGCUCCUGCUCCUGACCCGAAGCCUCAAGCGUCCGUCUCGGAGCCUCAGGAUGGCGAGGAAGGGCGCCACCAGCCUGCAGAUAACGACUCCGCGCCGGCCUGACCUGUUCUCAGCUAUGCUGAUUUAAUAAGAAUGAACGUAAGGUGUUUCUGUAUCCUGGGCGAGUGAAGAUCAGUAGACAUUUUCCUUCUGUGAAGGAUGAGUGAGAUAAAAAAACAUUUUAGUAAUCUCCUUUUAAAGAUUUGAAUAACUUUAUGCACUUUGCGCAAACAUAUUGGCGCAGAUUGAUAAUGCUACCAAGCAUGGCUUUAGUUUAGCGAUGUAAGAAUAUAAAUUUGAAGGUAAAUAUAUAUUUGAAUAUGCAAAGAGACUGGAGGUUAUACCUACCAAGAAAGGUAAUGAACUAAAUAUAUGGAGAAAAAAAAUGUACAGAUCAUGGCCCAUUAAAGAUAUUUAUUCUGGCA